AUGAUUCUGACAUCUCACAUUUUCCCUCCCCCCGUCCCAAGCCGCAACGUGGGACACCCCUGCCGACGCCUGCGGCACCCCAGCCGCUCUCGGUCCCCUGAACUGCGCGAACUGGCAUGCCGGGGGAAUGCGCUCCCUCUGCUUCCCGACGAGGCGCCGGCCCUUCACACGUGCGACCAAGUUACAUCAUCGUCGCCGCGACCGCACACCGACGGCAACCAACGAUGCUGGCCCGCCGCACAGCCUGCCCGCCGUCGCGCUCGCCCGCCGAGUCACGAUUUAUAUAAACCUGCCUCGCUCGCCGUCCCCCCCCUUGUGCUGCCCGGCGUGGGCUCUCGGUCCCGUCAUGGCUUCCGUCGUCGCCUGCCCCUCGCUGUCUUCCGGGCCUCCAACGCACCACCCGUCGUACCGCCUCGACGUCGCCCACGACGCGCAGAGGCGGGCCGCCAUCGCCACGACGAACGCACCAGCACCGUCCAGGACCAUGGGCCGCCCCGGCAGCCCGUCGCCGCCCACGACGACGCCGUCAACCAGGACGCCCAAGCCCCGCCACUCGCCGCGCUAGCCUCGCGGACCGUCUCCACCAUGACGCCGGCCCAGCUCGCACGAAAGCGCAUGCAGGAUCGCGAAGCCCAGCGUGCCAUCCGCUCCCGGACCCGCGACCACAUCGAGCGGCUCGAGAAGGAGAUCCGCGAGCUCCGCGUCGUCAUGGCGGCCAAGCCCGGCGCGAGCAACGAGGAUACCGUGCGGGAGCUCUGCCGCCGCAACGGCGUGCUGGAGGAGGAGCUGGCGAGGUUACGAGAGUAUCUGUCGGCCGGCAAGCUCGCGCCCGCCUACGCGCCGUCCGAUCUCGCCGUCGCGCACGCCAUGGCCGCCACGGCACCCUUCGACGCCGCCUGCACCUUCCCGACGGCCCUCGACGCUUCUCCCGUCUACGAAUACGACGCCCGCGCCGGAACCGGCUUCUACCCCGAACCUCCGACGGCGCCCCCGCCCCCGCCGAGCGCACGCAGCUCCCUCGGCCAAUGCGCCCCCGCCGCGCCGCGAUACGGCUUCCACGUGGGCGAGGCGGGCCCCUGGUCCGCGCCCGCUUUCGGCCCCGCCAUGGCCGUUCCCGAUCAGCCUUUCCAGCCGCCGCCAGCGAACGACGGCUCCUCCAACAUGACGGCCGCGGCGCCGACGCCGCUGUCGACGCCGAGGCCGACACACACUUGCACAUGCGCCGCGGCCUCGCCGGCAUGCCGUGACGGGGACGGGUACGCGAGCACCCAGUUUGGGGCACUUGAGGACGCCAAGGCAUGGGUCGCCGCCCCGACCCCCUUUGGCCAACCGAAGCACCACGCGGCAUGA